AGUUUCUUACUGGGAAAUGCCCAGAUUGUGGAUUGGCCUGUAGUUUACAGUAAUGACGGUUUUUGCAAACUCUCUGGGUAUCAUCGAGCUGACAUCAUGCAGAAAAGUAGCACUUGCAGCUUUAUGUAUGGAGAAUUGACUGACAAGAAAACCAUUGAGAAAGUCAGGCAAACUUUUGACAACUACAAGUCAAGCUGCUUCGAAGUUCUUUUGUACAAGAAAAACAGAACCCCUGUUUGGUUUUAUAUGCAAAUUGCACCAAUAAGAAAUGAACAUGAAAAGGUGGUUUUGUUCCUAUGCACUUUCAAGGAUAUUACGUUAUUCAAACAGCCAAUAGAAGAUGAUUCAACAAAAGGUUGGACGAAAUUUGCCCAAUUGACCCGGGCUUUGACAAAUAGUCGAAGUGUUUUGCAACAGCUCACGCCAAUGAAUAAAACAGAGGUGGUCCACAAACAUUCAAGACUAGCUGAAGUUCUUCAGCUGGGAUCAGAUAUCCUUCCUCAGUAUAAGCAAGAAGCGCCAAAGACGCCACCACACAUUAUUUUACACUAUUGUGCUUUUAAAACAACUUGGGAUUGGGUGAUUUUAAUUCUUACCUUCUACACCGCCAUUGUGGUUCCUUACAAUGUUUCCUUCAAAACAAAGCAGAACAACAUAGCCUGGCUGGUGCUGGACAGUGUGGUGGACGUUAUUUUUCUGGUUGACGUUGUUUUAAAUUUUCACACAACCUUUGUGGGACCUGGUGGAGAGGUCAUUUCUGACCCCAAGUUGAUAAGGAUGAACUAUCUGAAAACUUGGUUUGUGAUUGAUCUAUUGUCUUGUUUACCUUAUGACAUCAUCAAUGCCUUUGAAAAUGUAGAUGAGGGAAUCAGCAGUCUCUUCAGUUCUUUAAAAGUGGUGCGUCUCUUGCGACUGGGCCGUGUGGCCAGGAAAUUGGACCAUUACCUGGAGUACGGAGCAGCGGUCCUCGUGCUCCUGUGUGUGUUUGGACUAGUUGCUCACUGGCUGGCCUGCAUAUGGUACAGCAUGGGGGACUAUGAGGUCAUCGAUGAAGUCACAAACACCAUCCAAAUAGACAGUUGGCUCUCCCAGCUGGCCUUGAGCAUUGGGACUCCGUAUUGAUACAAUACCAGUGCAGGGAUAUGGGAAGGAGGACCCAGCAAGGAUUCACUGUAUGUGUCCUCUCUCUACUUUACCAUGACAAGCCUUACAACCAUAGGAUUUGGAAACGAGGCUCCUACCACAGAUGUGGAAAAGAUGUUUUCGGUGGCCAUGAUGAUGGUUGGCUCUCUUCUUUAUGCAACUAUUUUUGGAAAUGUUACCACAAUUUUCCAGCAAAUGUAUGCCAAUACCAACCGGUACCAUGAGAUGCUGAACAAUGUACGGGACUUUCUGAAACUCUAUCAGGUCCCCAAAGGCCUUAGUGAACGAGUCAUGGAUUACAUUGUCUCAACAUGGUCCAUGUCAAAAGGCAUUGACACAGAAAAGGUCCUCUCCGUCUGUCCCAAGGAUAUGAGAGCUGGUAUCUGUGUUCAUCUAAACCGGAAGGUUUUUAAUGAGCAUCCUGCCUUUCGAUUGGCCAGCAAUGGGUGUCUGCGCGCCUUGGCAGUAGAGUUCCAGACUAUUCACUGUGCUCCUGGGGACCUCAUUUACCAUGCUGGAGAAAGUGUGGAUGCCCUCUGCUUUGUGGUGUCAGGAUCCUUGGAAGUCAUCCAGGAUGAUGAGGUGGUGGCUAUUUUAGGGAAAGGGGAUGUAUUUGGAGACAUCUUCUGGAAGGAAACCACCCUUGCUCGUGCUUGUGCCAAUGUCCGAGCACUGACAUACUGUGACCUCCACAUCAUCAAGCGAGAAGCCUUGCUUAAAGUCCUGGACUUUUAUACAGCUUUUGCAAACUCGUUCUCAAGGAAUCUCACUCUUACUUGCAAUCUAAGGGAACGGGCCUGUGUCCUGGACACCUGCAAGGCUCUGACCUGA